CACGCCUUAUCGAUAGGUAUCGAUAGGGCCGAUACGGGCGAGACCGAGGCCGAUGACUUGAGCAAUCACUGAUGACUUCACCGAGUUUUGUGUAAUCUCCAACUCGCCCAACUACCACCUCAUCCCAACACCCUCCCUUGAUUCUGCUCUCGGUGUGAAUUGGGUUUUACUCGGGAAUGCAGACUGCCUGACAUCCAUUCCCAUCGUGACCGUUCCGGAACGGGCGGUUUUGCCUCAACUUUCGGCCGAUCGUGAACCCUGCGGAGAAAUCUUCCACCCCGACUGUUGACGACUCUUUCUCUCCGAUAUCGAAGGUUUCUUCUCUACACAUACACACUCUUGCAACUCCUGCCCACCGCCAGUUGAUCUGGCGUGAGAUUGGGCGCCGAAGCCAUGUCGAACAACAGCGCGUAUGCGGUGCCGCAGGUGAAGAAGACUAGCAACUCCACAUCAUCAAAAACGGUCUUCCACUUCGCCGCCGGCCUUUGCUCUGGCCUUACCUCCUCCAUCCUCCUUCAGCCAGCCGAUCUUCUCAAGACCCGGGUCCAGCAAUCCGGGAAAGCCCACGCGCUCCUCCCAACCCUCAAAACUAUUCUCUUCUCUCCACAUCCUAUCCGUAGCCUAUGGCGUGGAACGCUUCCCUCUGCCAUUCGCACGGGAUUCGGGUCUGCCCUCUACUUCACCAGUCUAAAUGCCCUGCGCCAGACGAUCGCCCAGGCCAAUUCUCCUCUCGUCCUAUCAAACACAUCAGCCACCGGCAAAUCCUCCUCCGCUCUUCCCAAACUUUCUAAUAUGGCCAACCUGGCUACGGGUGCUGUCGCUCGCGUCGCCGCAGGAUUCGUGAUGAUGCCCGUUACCGUCCUCAAGGUGCGCUAUGAGUCAGACUUCUACGCCUACCGCAGUCUCUGGGGCGCGGGCCGCGAUAUCGUACGUACCGAGGGCAUGCGCGGUCUCUUUGCGGGCUUUGGCGCCACGGCAGCUCGAGACGCCCCCUAUGCCGGCCUUUACGUACUUCUCUACGAGCAGCUAAAACGCCGUCUUGCAUCAAUGACCACGACGAACCCCGACGGGACCGCUCCGGCAGGCGUGUCCUCGUCUUCUAUCAACUUUGUCUCCGGUGCCUCGGCAGCCGGUCUUGCCACCGCUAUCACAAACCCCUUCGACGCCGUCAAAACACGACUGCAACUGAUGCCCGCCAAAUACGGCAACAUGGUCCGGGCAGUACGCUUAAUGAUUCGCGAGGACGGCAUGCGUAGUCUCUUCGGUGGACUGGGCCUGCGUAUGACUCGCAAAGCAUUGAGCUCUGCGCUGGCCUGGACGGUCUAUGAGGAACUCAUCCUCCGCGCCGAGAAGCGCUGGGCGGCGAAUCACCAGAUGAGUUUGUAGAAUGGAACCUAGGACCUCUGCCUCACUCUCAACUGAGACACGACAACAACCCUGCCCCAAUUCUGUAUUAUUAGCUUUCAUCUCCAAAUCUCCACUUGCGGGUCUAUCCUGCAGAUGCAUCGCGCACGCACCCUUGCGUCGAGUCCUACCCCAAUAGGGCUUUUUUCCUUCACGAUUUACGCUUUUAGAGUUGACAGCUGCACGAUGCAGCUCGUACGAAGACUAUUUGAGAUUUCAAAUUCAACAACGUGGCUAUGGACCUAAUGUCCACCUAUGGAAAAAUCCGACUGAGACUGAUCCGUCUCAAAACGAAGACACGCCUGUCUACGGCAAAGUAGUGUUUCAUCAAGAAGGCAUACAUUCGGUGAUAUGUUUGGAUACAUAGAACAGAGUGGGGAACAAAUGCAAUCGACAUGGCAUGGGAUAAAACAUUCAUCAAGCAAAAGAGGGUCAAAGUCAUCAAACUCGUGUCUCGUUACUGUACCCCUCUCACGGGUGACAACCAGCUUCGAGAAGUCUGGCCAAAAAAAAAUCUCAACUCAAAUAAUGAAAGAACAAAUUCAACAGGCAUGAUCUGGGUCUCGUAGUAAAAAGCGCGAAAAUGUCAAAAUAAUGAAGAAAAAAAGAAACCGAUACGAAAGAAAAGAGAGCAAUGACUCGUCCAACUGAUCCAACUCAUUUUGGUUGGGGGGUAUGGGUGUGAACUGAGUGCGGCGAAACGCUUUAUGCGAAGAUGCGCAGCCGUCGGCUCGGGCUCUUCUUCCGAACCAGAUACAUCUUGUCUUUGUUGCGGUCGUUGAUCUUGAGUUCGGUGGUGGAGCUGGAGGUUUGGGCGACCAGCUUGCCUUCGCGGAUACGGCGGGUGUGGGCGAAGAGCUCUUCUUGGAAGUCUUCGGUAACCCAGCGCUUGAUGAUGAUGUAGUUGCUAUCGCGCUAGAGAGAGAAGAGAGAUAUGGUCAGCAAUGGGAGACGUACAGUGUGUUGUGAUCUUAGAUCAUGCUU